AAUCAAAAAUUUGAAAUAGCUUUGUGAAAUAAUCCAAAAUGUCUAGCGAAAAUCAUGAAGAGCCAGAAGAAUUGGAAGAUAAUGGUUUGUGGAGAGACCUAACAGCAUUUUGGUUACUAGGACUUUGUAAUAAUUAUGGUUACACGGUUAUGUUAAGUGCUGCACACGAUAUAAUAGGACAAUUUCAUGAGGAGCAUAUAACGCGUUUUGAAAAUACCACUGAAACUAAAGCUGUAAGAGAUUGUCAGUAUAUAUCUACGGGAGCUAUAUUAUUGGCUGAUAUUUUGCCUACUUUGUUUUUCAAAAUUAUUUUACCUUUCCUGCCCUAUUGGUUGAAUUUUUAUAUUUUUUCAGCUGUAAUCUUCUCAGCCGCUGGAUUUCUUUUCGUAGGUUUUGCCAAAACCGAAUGGUUGGCUAUUUUGGGCAUAGCAAUAACCUCGGCUAGUGGCGGUAUAGGAGAAGCGAAAUUUGUGUCAUAUUCCUCGCAGUUUAAUAAAAAUGUGGUAUCGACUUGGUCUUCUGGAACCGGAGCUGCUGGGGUUAUAGGCUCCCUAUCCUAUGCCACCUUAAGAUCGUUUCAUAUUAGUAAUCGUGAUACCAUGCUGAUCAUGUUAAUCUUUCCCUUACUGGAGGCUUUAUCUUUUUGGUUACUUUUAAGGUCUCCCAAACAAAAGUUAAGGGUGGUAUAUUCCAAAGAGUUACUUUUGCAUCAAUUGGAGGAGUUUAGUCAAAAGUUAAGCUAUGCCAAAGAACUGCUUAAAUAUAUGGUGCCUUUGGUGUUAGUGUAUUUAUUUGAAUACUUUAUAAAUCAGGGUUUGUAUGAAUUGGUUUACUUUGAAAAUUGUUUUUUGGAGCGACCCUCUCAAUAUCGUUGGCUUAAUGUGGACUAUCAACUGGGUGUAUUUGUAGCUAGAUCAUCGGUUAAUAUAGUGCAUUUUAAGAAGACCUGGUUAAUGGCAGUUUUGCAAUUUCUUAAUGUUUUGUAUUUCCUGGCAGAAGCCAUUUUUCCCUUUACACCUCUUAUCUGGUUUACUUUUGCGAUUGUAUUCUGGGAGGGUCUGCUGGGCGGUGGGGCCUAUGUUAAUACUUUUUAUAGAAUGUCACAUGAAAUUCCAAUUCAGAGAAGAAAAUUUGCCUUGUCCAUUGUUAUACAAUCGGAUUCUAUAGGUAUUACAUCGGCUGCUCUAUUAGCCAUACCUGUGCAUAAUGCCAUAUGUGACUUGCCCGUGAUGAAGAGGAUGAUCAAAUGGUAUUCUACACUUUAGCGAAACUUUUGUUAGAAGUUAAGUUGAUUUCAAAUAAAAUGAAAUUGUUUAAUA